GCCAAAUACUGAAUGUUAAAAACUAAAUUGCUCUUGUGUAGUAUUUUAUGGUUUCUUCUAAUUAUAUUAUAUUGCCUGGACUCAGUUCUUGUUGGAUUAAAGCGGGUUUUUGACACCAGGACCUCCAACCCAAGUUCACUUUCCCUUUUAGGUGUGUGAACAUGGCCCAUUUUCCCAAUCAUCGUGGAUGGAUGUACAACUGUUGUUAUAGCGGAAGGAGAGGUUUGAAGGAAGCUUUUGUCCUUGGAGUUAAUGAGUUUGUGGAGACGGCUCGUCGAUAUAAAUAUUAUGCUCUUGAUGGAGGGAUUCGAUGCCCAUGCAUCAAGUGUGAAUGUACAAAGAUUAUGAAAGAUGAAGAUGUCAAAGUUCACUUAUACCAAAAAGGGUUCAUGCCAAAUUNCAAGGUUUGGACAUUUCAUGGUGAAGAAAUGCCUUCUACCUCCACNGCUCAUGAAAAUCGACCUGCAUCAGGUUCGAAUACUAUUGUACAUACAUCUGAGAUAGAUCAAUUUACCUACAUGCAAGAGAUGGUAGACGAUGCUCUUCGUCGACAUGCUGAACAAGAACCAAACGAUAGUCGUGAUGAAGAGUCUCCAAAUGAAAGCACUCAGAGGUUUUACAAUCUCUUGGCUGAGGUAAACCAACCUGUAUUUGAAGGUUCAUCUGAGUCAAAAUUGUCAGUGUGCAUUAGACUCAUGGCUGGUAAAUCUAAUUGGAACGUUCCCAAUCAAGCGGUGGACCACUUUACAAAAUUGGUGUUAGAUCUAACACCACCAAACAAUUUUUUGCCGAAGAAUUAUUACGAAGCCAAAAGAUGUGUUUCGAAGCUGGGAUUGGAAGCGAAGAAGAUUGAUUGUUGUGCGAAUGGAUGUAUGCUUUUCUAUGACAAUGACACUGGCAAAAAUGAUGCAUUGUUGGUGGAAUGCAAGUUUUGUGGUCAUCCUCGAUUUCAGACAUUGCAUCCAGGACGGAGGCAAAAAAAACCAAUUCCAUUCAAGUCCAUGUUCUAUUUGCCGAUCAUUUCAAGAUUACAAAGGAUGUUUUCUUCAAUUCAAACAGCAAAACACAUGACAUGCCAUGAUGGUAACAAAAGUGAAGGACUGUUGCGUCAUCCUUCUGACGGUGAAACCUGGAAGCACUUCAACUGUAAACAUCCAUCUUUCGUCAGUGAUGCUCGUAACGUGAGACUUGGUCUAUGUUCGGAUGGGUUUACUCCAUACAUUCAGGCGUCUGCAUCACCAUAUUCAUGUUGGCCGGUGAUUGUUACCCUAUAUAAUCUUCCACCUGAGAUGUGUAUGACAAAACCUUACAUGUUUUUAACGUGUAUAAUACCAGGACCAUCUAAUCCUAAAUCAGGGAUUGAUGUGUAUUUAGAGCCUUUGAUUGAUGAUUUGAAGAAGUUGUGGACCGGGCAGCUUUGA